CCCGAGUUAGAAUUUAUCACUGUAUAACAUAAUAUUGAGUUACAAUGAAGGUACUGAUUCUAUUGUGUGCGUUGCUCCCUCUUAUUUAUGGAAAAUCGACUGUAAAACGUGAGAUUUCUAAUGCACUAUGGGCCGCCGCCGCCGCAUUACCGGAGAUUUACGAUCUGGACGCCUUCCAAGACGAGAACCAAGAAGGUCGAUUGCUUCGGGAAAGACGUGAGCCGCAACUGUUUUGGAAUUCGCAUUCUGACGGUUCUGAUUUGAAUGACGAUUUGGAUGACGGCCACAAUAGCUUACUUAAUACCGGUCGCAAUGGAUUACAUAACGGCAAGGUGAGAAGUGAUCCUAACAUAUUUUCCCACGGGUGUAUCUUCAUUUGCCAAGUGAUUAAUGUUCCACGACCAUUAAAGUAAAAAAAAAACAAAUAAUAUCCACUACAAACGUAAAAGGGAAAAUGUUUUCAUG